GGGUGCAUAAUGAUUUGUGAUGGACAGGAUGAAGAGGACAGUGCUCUCUCUCUCCCCUGUGUUUGUGACCCGUCAGCACAGUGACUUCCACACACGCCAUAGAUGUCCACCCCUUAGCUCACUGAGCUAACUUUAUUUCUCCUCAUCACCCCUGUUAUCCUUCCACUCUUCCCUCUCUCAUGCCUCUUGCUCUGUCUUUACUCUGUCUCUCUUCUCUUAUCUGUUCCUUGUUCAUCCUCUUUAAUUUUCCCGUCCUCCCUUCCUCUGCCACUCCUGCUCUUUGUUGGAUGGCAUAAUGGUGUGCUGUGGUCGAGUGCUGGAUUCACCCUGCACUCUGGCUCUGUUGGUGGGCUUCCAGUUUGCGUUUGUCCUUUACUUCUCCCUUGGAGGCUUUCGUGGCCUAGUGUCUGUAUUGGUUCAUUCCUCUGAGCCUGAGAUCGACUACUCUCGACCGCAUGAUGUCUACACUAACCUCACCUCUCUGCUGCUCCACCAUCCAGGACCCGGUGGACCAGAACAGCAGCUCAGGGACUGUGUGCUGCCCUCUCCACUGCUGGUGGGUCCUGUUUCUGUCCACCUCUCCUCACCCCCUUCCCUGGAGAAGAUAAAAGAGAAGAACCCCUUGGUGACCUUAGGGGGUCAUUACAACCCGCCAAACUGUGAGCCACGGCACCACACAGCCAUCGUGGUCCCCUACCGGAACCGGCAGACCCACCUCCGCGCCCUCCUCUACCAUCUGCACCCCUUUUUGCAGAGGCAGCAGGUCCACUACGGCAUUUACAUUGUGCACCAGUCAGGGAACUCCACCUUUAACCGAGCGAAGUUGCUGAAUGUUGGAGUGCGGGAGGCACUGAAAGAGGAGAACUGGAGCUGUAUUUUCCUGCAUGACGUCGAUCUGCUGCCUGAGAAUGACCACAACACCUACACCUGCCACCCCCAGUACCCUACACACCUCUCUGUAGCUAUGGACAAGUUCAGAUACAGGCUUCCAUACUCCCAGUACUUCGGAGGGGUGUCUGCUGUAACUCCAGAGCAGUACCUCAAGAUGAAUGGCUUUCCAAACCAGUAUUGGGGCUGGGGAGGAGAGGAUGAUGACAUCGCAGCUCGAGUCCGUCUCUCUGGGAUGAAGAUAAUGCGCCCACCUUUGGCCAUUGGUCAUUAUAAGAUGAUCAAACAUAAAGGAGAUCAGGGUAAUGAGCAGAACCCGAGAAGGUUUGACUUGCUGAAGCGCACAAGGCUGAACUGGCGCUCAGAUGGACUGAAUUCACUGACUUAUGAGCUCCUGUCCAAAGAGUUGGAGCCAUUGUACACUAAUGUGUCUGUCAACAUUGGGGAUGAUCCACACCAUAACCCUAUGAAGGCUCUACCUUGGAAGUUAGAGCCUCAACCCGUUCCAACCAAUAAAACGAAGACUGAAAAAGUGGGUGUGGUCAUCAAUCAUAAUGCUACAAAAGUGGAGCUCACCCACUUGAAUGCCAGUAAUGUAAGUUCAAAUGUUGGUCAAAAAGCUCCUUUAAACCAGGAGGUGGGAUGAUUCUGAUAAUCAAGUAUCCACAGACAAUCCACAGGGUGAGUUAUUAAUGGAUAGUGGAGGAAAUACCAGUUUGCUCUUUGUUUUAUACCAUAAACCAUUGCUACUCUAGGCAAAUAAUUUAAUUCCACUGAAAGUUGACUGAAACGGUUUGGCCGCCUCUGAAUGUUGUUCAGCUGCUGAUAUGGUGACAUUUGCACAAGUCUGGAAUCAUAUGCUGAAGAUCUCGUUUUGCUGUAGGAGUCAUAUCAGAGUGGGCUGAGCUGUAAACCCUCUCGAAAGUGACCAGUCGAUGUACCUGUGCAAGUCCUGUGUGUUUUUGAGCCGAUGUGCUGCCAGCUGCUGCUCUUCACCCCACUGUGUGGGUCUGUUUUUCUGUGCCUUUUCUUGCCAUUGAUCCAGUCUCUUAUCAACAUGCCAUGACUUAAUCAAAAACAUUAUUACUGCACACCACUGUUAUUAAUACUACAGUUGAAUGCUCAUUCCACAUUUAUCUAUUUUUCUCUUCUUUUAAUAUCAGCACACACUGCUUUGUGAUCUAGAGCUUGAGCAGACAUGUCACUGUGGUCUAUUUUUGGUCUUACUGUACAAACUUAGAAAGGUGUGAUCUUUCUCUUUUAGCUGCUCAAGAUACCUAUUAAUAGUUUUAUGAUAUUGUGUAAAAGAUAAUUAUUUUAGGUAUUGUGUGGUGCCUUUGUUGGAUUCCAUUUUGGUUGUAGACAAUCACUGGGAUAAGCAUAUAAAAUUACCAAAUUAUGUAGAAUCUUUUCCCACUUCUAUUUGUUAAAUAGAUUUGAUGGUUUAGGUUGAAGUGUGACUUUAGUCUAAGACGUUAGUUGUUAUUUUAAGAUUUUAUUACAUUCAACAGGUAAGGGGUACUUUUAUGGUUCGUUAUAUAGAAAGAAUACAUUUUAUUUGUUAGACAAAAAUAUUGGUUGUAUCACCAUCAUGGCACUUUUACAGCAUGUAAAAAAACUGCACUCUGUAUUAAACACAGUCCUAGAGUGUAAGGUACAUUUAAAGAACAAAGAUAUUAGUGACAUACAUUUUACUUUGGAAAUAAAAACUGCAUUGAACAUUAAAUUAGCAGGUUCACUUACAUUUUUCAA